AUGGUUGGGGGGUGGGGGGGGAAGAUGGCGGAGCUGAUGCUCUUCAGCGAGAUUGCGGACCCUACGCGUUUCUUCACCGACAAUCUGCUGGGCCCGGAGGACUGGGACAGCACCUUGUAUGCCAGUCUGGAUGAAGUGGCCGAGGAGCAGACACAGCUCUUCCGUUGCCCGGAGCAGGAUGUACCGUUUGACAGCAGCUCCCUGGAUGUGGGGAUGGAUACCAGCCCUCCUGAACCACCGUGGGACCCCCUGCCUAUCUUCCCAGAUCGUCAAGUGAAGUCCGAGCCAUCCUCCCCCUGCUCUUCUUCCUCUCUUAGUUCUGAAUCAUCGUGUCUCUCCACAGAGCCCUCCGGCCAGGCCCCUGGAGUAGGUGAAGUGCUGCAUGUGAAGACAGAAUCCUUGGCACCCCCCCUUUGCCUCCUGGGAGAUGAUCCAACAUCUCCAUUUGAAAUCAUCCAAAUUAAUGUGGGCCCCACCUCGGAUGACCCCUCAGAUGUCCAGACCAAGACAGAGCCUGUCUCUCCAUCUUCCUCCAUCAACUCGGAGGCUUCCCUGCUCUCAGCAGACUCCCCCAAUCAGGCUUUUAUAAGAGAGGAGGUACUGGAAGUGAAGACAGAGUCCCCAUCCCCUUCAGGGUGCCUCCUGUGGGAUGUCCCAGCCCCCUCACUUGGAGCUGUUCAGAUCAGCAUGAGCCCAUCCACUGAUGGCUCCUCAGGCAAAGUUGCACCCCCCCGGAAGCCACCACUACAGCCCAAACCUGUGGUGCUAACCACUGUCCCAGUGCCACCCAGAGCUGUGCCUCCCAGCACCACUGUCCUUCUGCAGCCCCUUAUCCAGCCUCCCCCAGUGUCCCCAGUUGUCCUCAUCCAGGGUGCUAUUCGAGUCCAGCCUGAAGGGCCAGCCCCCCCGGUUCCACGGCCUGAGAGGAAGAGCAUUGUUCCAGCUCCUAUGCCUGGGAACUCCUGCCCCCCUGAAGUGGAUGCUAAGCUGCUGAAGCGACAGCAGCGAAUGAUCAAGAACCGGGAGUCAGCCUGUCAGUCCCGGAAGAAGAAGAAAGAGUACCUGCAGGGGCUGGAGGCUCGGCUGCAGGCAGUGCUGGCUGACAACCAGCAGCUCCGCCGGGAGAAUGCUGCCCUCCGGCGGCGUCUGGAGUCCCUGCUGGCUGAGAACAGCGAGCUCAAGUUAGGGUCUGGAAACAGGAAGGUGGUCUGCAUCAUGGUAUUCCUUCUCUUCAUUGCCUUCAACUUUGGACCUGUCAGCAUCAGUGAGCCUCCUCCAGCUCCCAUCUCUCCUCGGAUGAGCAGGCAGGAGCCUCAACCCCGGAGACAUUUGCUGGAAUUCUCAGAGCAAGAGCCAGUUCGUGGAGUUGAACCCCUCCACAGGUCCUCCCAGGGUCCUGAGGAGCCCCAGCCCAGCCCUGAAGGCCAGCCCAGUUUCAGGAACCUGACAGCCUUCCCUGGGGGGGCCAAGGAGCUGCUACUGAGGGACCUAGACCAGCUCUUCCUCUCCUCUGACUGCCGGCACUUCAACCGAACUGAGUCCCUGAGGCUUGCUGAUGAGCUGAGUGGCUGGGUCCAGCGCCACCAGAGAGGCCGGCGGAAGAUCCCUCCAAGGGCUCAGGAGAGACAGAAGUCUCAGCUAUGGAAGAAGUCGCCUACAAUUAAGGCAGUUCCCACCCGACCCCCCGGGCCCCCAGAAAAGGAUUCUGUGGGCCAACUGCAGCUAUAUCGACACCCAGAUCGUUCACAGCCGGAGUUCCUGGACGCAAUUGACCGACGGGAAGACACAUUUUAUGUUGUCUCCUUCCGAAGGGAUCACUUGCUGCUCCCAGCCAUCAGCCACAACAAGACCUCCCGGCCCAAGAUGUCCUUGGUGAUGCCCGCCAUGGCCCCUAAUGAGACUCUGUCAGGCCGGGGGACCCCGGGGGACUAUGAGGAGAUGAUGCAGAUCGAGUGUGAGGUCAUGGACACCAGGGUGAUUCACAUCAAGACCUCCACGGUGCCCCCCUCCCUCCGAAAACAGCCAUCUCCAACUCCAGGCAAUGCCACAGGUGGACCCUUGCCAGCUGCUGCAGCCAGCCAGGCCCACCAGGCUGCCCACCAGCCCCUCUACCUCAACCAUCCCUAACCUCUGCAACUCACACUGACUUAGAACUGGGGGGCGGGGGGUACAGGGUGACAAAGGACGGUUUUGAAUUUCCCCAAUCCCUGGGCUUGGGGCAUUUGGCAAAGGAAAGACAGGGUGUGGGGGGUAAGCUCUUAUUUGGAAGUGGGGGGUUCACCUCUCUUUUCACCCCUUUUCAGAAUAUAGGGCUUCUCUCAUUCCUAUUAGUCCCCAGUCCUUACUUUUCUUUUGAGAGUAUUGAGUGAAGUUCAGUUUUGGGGUGGGUGGGUUCCUGCAUGCUCUUUGUUCUUUUGUUUCUCUGUUGGGGGUGUGGAAGUGGGAAUUUAGUCCCCAGGUGGGACAAGGGAAGUUUUUACAUGUUGGAGUUAGUUUCUGGAAGUAAAGGAGGGGUGGUGGAGGGAGAUCAGGUUUAUGUGUGUGCAUAUCUUUUUUAUUAUUAAAUAAACAACU